AUGAGCGGGGGUGACCCCAGCGCGCACCGCGAGCGGCCGGGGCUGCGUGGCUCCCGAGGACGCGCGGCGCCUGACCUGCCGCCAGCGUCUCUUUCCUUUCCGCGCGGACACCCUCAUCCCGGCCCUAGCCGCCUGGAGGUGGAGCCCCCUGCCGUGUCCGCGAGGGCAGCCCCGGCCGGGGCGCUGGGCGAGGGGCGAGCCCGCUCCACCCGCAUCUGUCCCCGGGCCGGGUCGCAUGCUCCGCCCACCCCGCCCCUCCCGCAGCAACAGAACAGAGACAGCCUGAAUCCCACCGGCGGGAGCACAGCUGAGACAGCGGCGGCGGGAAGGAGCGCGCGCCCGCACGGGCUCCGGGGCGAGGCCGCCCGCCUCCCCGCGAGGGGCGCGGGGUCCCCGCGGGCUCGUGACACCUCGCGGCCCGGAGCCGCCCGCAGCCCGGCGACGGGGACGAGCGGGCCGCCGAGCCUGGCCCCGGGAGCGCGCUGCUCGGGGCCGCCGCCGCGCCGCCGUCCGCCCCGGCGCUCCCUGGAGAAACGGGGGCUGCGGGUCCCCGCUACCGCCGCUCGAGGCCAGAGGGACGCCCGACCCGCGACGGCGUUUCCCGGCCGAGGCGGCGGGCCUCGCUCGCUCCCGGCAGCUCCGAGGCUGCGGGAGGAAACGCUGCAGGUUUCCCAGCAGCGGCUCGCUCUCCUGGCGUCCGGGGGCCUUCCUCACGCUCGGCCGGCAAACGCGGUUUUCCGGGGCUCCAGCCCCGCGGCGGCCGGGCCUGACCCACCCCGGGCCGCCGCGCUUCCCCUUCCCGCGGGGCCCGGUCCCCCGCGCGCGCCGCGGCCCCGCGUCCGAGCGCUGUUUCCCUCACGCCGCUCCGCGCUCCGCCUCAGCUGCCUGUGCCCCCUCCGUCUGGCAUCUGAACUCAGCGAGUCUGGCGGGAACUCCGACGCCCGCCCAGAGCUCGGCGGCCGGUGGCGCUUGCACGUGCUCGUCGCGUGCGCGGGAGCCCGCAGGGCCCAAGGCUCCGGGCGCCCACGGCUCCCGGCGCCCACAGGCCUGCCUUCCACGAUGAGCUCCAAGACGUGCUGCGUGCCCUCAGGCAGGUGGGUGACCUCGGCUGCCCAACACCUCCGGAGGCGUCGCCGCCAGCUGACCGCGGCCGCUCGCCCCCAGUGCCGCCGGCCGUCCGUCCGUCCCGAGGCCCCGCCGCCAGGUGACCGUGGCCACUCGCCCCCAGUCCCGCCGUCCGUCCGUCCCGAGGCCCCGCCGCCAGGUGACCGCGGCCGCUCGCCCCAGUCCCGCCGGCCGUCCGUCCGUCCCGAGGCCCCGCCGCCAGGUAACCGCGGCCACUCGCCCCCAGUCCCGCCGGCCGUCCGUCCCGAGGCCCCGCCGCCAGGUGACCGCGGCCACUCGCCCCAGUCCCGCCGGCCGUCCGUCCCGGGGCCCCGCCGCCAGGUGACCGCGGCCGCUCGCCCCCAGCCCCGCCUGCCAUCCGUCCGUCCCGAGGCCCCGGCGCCAGGUGACCGCGGCGGCUCGCCCCAGUCCCGCCGGCCGUCCGUCCGUCCCGAGGCCCCGCCGCCAGGUGACCGCGGCCGCUCGCCCCCAGUGCCGCCGGCCGUCCGGCCGUCAUUCCCGGGGCCCCGCCGCCAGGUGACCGCGGCCACUCUCCCCCAGUCCCGCCGGCCGGCCGUCCCGAGGCCCCGCCGCCAGGUGACCGCGGCCACUCGCUCCAGUCCCGCCGGCCGUCCGUCCCGGGGCCCCGCCGCCAGGCCCGAACGGCGGAGCGCGCAUGCGCACGGCGCCGCUCCCCGCCCCCACCGCGCGCCCGCGCCCAAGGCCCCUAACGCGGCCCGCCGGGCCAUGGAACCCGCCGAAGUUGGCGCGGUUCGAGCUCUCCCGUUCGGUCGCUCGAACGCCUUCCCGCCGUGA